AUGCUGCCGCUGCCGCUGCCGCCGCCUGCUCGGGCCGCUCCUGCUCGUGGCGCUGCCGCCGCCGCGGCUCCUCGUCGGGCCCGGGCCGGGCUGGGCUGGGGCUCGCUCGGCCACGUGCGCCCGCGCCUCGGGCGGCUGCGGCUCCGGCUGCGGCUCCGGCUCGGGCUGGACUCGGGCGGCUCCCGGGCUGGGGCUGCGGCCCGACGGGGAGGGAGCGAGCGAGCGAGGACGAGGCUGAGGCUGCCGCUGCCGGGCGGGAGGGGCGGGGGAGGAGGAGGAGGAGGCGGCUCCCGGGGGGAGGGCCACGGGCGGGAGGCGGUGGGAGCGGCUCGUGCGCCUGCGCACGGCGCGCCGCCCGGCCCGCCACCGCGGAGCCACGCCCCCGGGGAGAGGGGGAGGGAGGGCGGGCCCGCCCAGAAGGGCUAUUUCAAGGUGACGUCACCCGCUAUAAAUAGCGCCUCCGCGCUCUCCGUUUCCCCGCCCGGCCGGAGCCGGACCGACGCAUGCGCCCUGCCCGUGGUGCAGUUUGGUGCUGCAAAGGUGGAGGUGGGAGCCUGGAGGGGUGGGGAUUGCGGAGCGGGAGGGCUCGGCGCGCAGUCCGGAGCCGCCGGGCUCUGGGUAACCUUGUCCAGAGCCCUGCCCCCACUCUGGCCUCAGUUUCCUCCGCUGACAGAAGGCCUCCAGCGGAGAUUCUGA